ACUGCCUUAGUUUGAUGGCCGCUGACGGCAGCAUGAGGACGAACGGCGGAGGCCCCGACAGCCGCAGCAGUGCCAGCUGCGAGCCUUGCAACAUUAGCUACACGCUCCCCACCAUCUCUUCCAACAAGCUCCCCGACCAGCGCUUCAUCAGCCGCGGGGCCUACGGCACGGUGUCCUCCGCGCGUCACGCAGACUGGCGAGUCCCGGUGGCCGUCAAGUGCUUGCAGGGCCCCCUCUUAGACAGCGAGAGGGACAGUCUCUUAAAAGAAGCUGAAAUUUUACAUCAGGCAAGGUUCAGUUACAUUCUACCAAUUUUGGGAAUUUGCAAUGAACCUCAAUUUCUGGGCAUUGUGACAGAAUAUAUGCCUAAUGGAUCACUGAACCAACUUUUACAUGGGAAAAACGUCUAUCCUGACAUUGCUUGGUCACUCAGAUUUCGCAUUUUGUAUGAAAUUGCUUUGGGAGUAAAUUAUCUUCACAACAUGAGUCCUCCACUCUUGCACCAUGAUUUGAAGACCCAGAAUAUUUUACUUGACAGUGAUUUCCAUGUUAAGAUCGCAGAUUUUGGUUUGUCAAAGUGGCGUAUGGUGUCCAUGUCCCUUUCAAGAGGGGAGAAAUCAAUGCCUGAGGGAGGGACCAUUGUCUACAUGCCACCUGAAGAUUAUGAUGGCAGCCAAAAACUCCGUGCAAGCGUGAAGCAUGAUAUAUACAGUUACGCCAUUAUUAUGUGGGAAGUGAUGUCAAGAAAACAGCCAUUUGAAGAAGUUAUAAAUCCCUUGCAAAUUAUGUACAGCGUGUCAAGAGGGAGGCGUCCAGACACCGGGGAAGAGUGUUUGCCACUUGAUAUUCCUCACCGACAAUUGAUGUUGUCUUUAAUGGAAUCUGCCUGGGCACAAAAUCCAGAUGAAAGGCCAUCUUUUUCAAGGUGCUUAAUAGAACUUGAACCUGUGCUGAGGACCUUUGAAGAGAUACCUAUGCUUGAAGCAGUAAUAGAGUUAAAGAGGGCCAAAUCCCAGUAUGAGUGGCGAUGCGUUCAUUUGUCGAAUAAGAUCUCCAGUGAUGAGUCGAUAUCUUUAAAUAUACCAUUGAGCACUAGUAUACAAGAGAAUUCCUGUUUAUCCCAAAAUGAUAAACUUUUUCUUCCACGUGUUCCCCAGGAUACAUCAAAACCAUACAACAUCCUUUCAGAUGUUAAGGAUGAACCACACUCACUGAUCAGUUAUGUCCCACCGUCUCAGAGUACUCAGUCUUAUGUGUCUCAACAAAGUUCUUCAUCUACCACAAAUAGUUCUAAUUCAUCAAAUUCCAUGCCGUGUUUGCUGCAGACAUCAGGAGCUAACUCGGACUUUACGUUGAGGACUAUACAGCCACAAGAUUUCACUGUAGCUCAUCAGUGGAUCCAAACUAAAAGAGAAGAAAUUGUCCAUCAGAUGACUGAAGCUUGUCUUAACCAAUGCUUGGAUGCUCUCCUCUCCAGGGAUUUAAUCAUGAGAGAGGAUUAUGAACUCAUCAGCACCAAACCUACAAGGACCUCAAAAGUCAGGCAACUGCUUGAUAAUAUUGACAGUCAAGGAGAGGAAGUCGCUAGAGUCAUAGUGCAAAAACUGAAAGACAAUAAACAGAUGGGACUUCAGCCCUACCCAGAUGUAUCUCCUGCAUUCAGGAGCACUUCUUUGAAUCUAUAAAUGUCAGGACUUGCAAUCUGGAUUCCUAUUUCUGAAAUGUCUAUGUUUCUGCUGCAUGGCUCUAAACUGAGGUCCUUAGUUUGCUGGGCAAGGGGGAGGGCAUCUUACAAAUGGAAGUAUUACACAAUGUUCUUGUCAUUUUUUAAAAUAACAACAUACUUGAACUUUCUUCGCUGAAUAGACAUGCAUUUUGUGGAAUUAUUAAAAAGAAAAGAUAAAAUAUAUAAAGAUAAAAUGCAAAAGGAUAGAGAACUCAAAAGAACUCCAUCUUUUGAGGCAUUCUGUCAGUCAAAUCUGCCUUUAAAUAGGGAAGGUUUACUGGGUUAGCACAUUAAUAGGAUUGUUCUAAAACACUGCCCUUUAUAAAGUCUUUUAUGUGAAUAGGAACCACUUCUGAAUUUGCUUGUCUCUAGCCACGUGCUUUGUAGUAGAAUACAAAUACCCUAUUUGGUUAUGCCAGGUGACCAGACCUAAUGAGACAAGCCCCAGAUGUAUUUUGGAAUUCAUUCACUGCUGCUUUGUAGCUUUGUAAAAUAGAAAAAGAACAGUGGUAUAUAAGCUGUUUUUGAAGGGAACUUGUUCACUGUUAAUGAUCUUUAAAGAACAUCUCAAGCCCAGAUUUGCCUGGCCCAGGGUGUAGGAGCAUUAACCUCCCAAAGAGUAGAGUGUUGUACAAAGGGAUUGCAUUGGAUUCUAGGGAAUAUCUACACUGUUUUCAUAGAGGCCCCAUUGAGUAUAGCUCUAGUCAUGAUUCAUGAAUGUUUUGCUGAGGAGGAAAGAUAUCUGUAGCAGUCCAUGUUCAGUAUAACUUAAAGUGGGUAUGGUGGGGGGACAUAACCACUUCUAAUUGAAGAGGAAACACUUUAAAUAUGUUGAGGAACUGAAGGGGAACAGAUAGGUAUGAAUGAGUUUUUACUUCACAAUGCCCACUCUUGCAGUCUAAUUCUGUUUAGACAUGAGAGGGGAGGAGAAUGGCAUCUUCUAAAAACAGGAUCCUUCAAUCACUCAUAAUCAACAUAGUCUACCUAUGUGGUAUAUGACACAGGUACAGAUUAUUGCAUAUAAAAUAUGUAUGAAUCAUAUAGACCCAAUUUGGUGUAGUGGUUAAAGCAUCAAGCUAGAA